AACAAAUAGAAGAAAAUGAAUUGUCUUGCUUCUUCUGCGUUUCCAUCUUGCCACACCACUCCACUGCGCAACAAGCUCUCAACUUUACUCCUCCGCCGCAACCAAAGUCAGCAAAUUCACCGUCGGAAAUAUCAGAUUAAAGCAAUGAGAGCUGUAAUCCAGAGAGUCUCAUCUUCCUCUGUUACUGUGGAUGGUCGAAUCGUGUCGGAGAUUGGUCCUGGUCUCUUGGUUUUAAUCGGAAUCCAUGAAUCAGAUACUGAUUAUGAUGCCGAUUACAUAUGUCGAAAAGUUUUGAACAUGAGACUGUUCACUAAUGAAACCACUGGCAAAGGAUGGGACCAAAAUGUAAUGCAGAGGAAUUAUGGAGUUUUACUUGUUAGUCAGUUUACAUUAUACGGAUUCUUGAAAGGUAACAAACCCGAUUUUCAUGUUGCAAUGCCUCCUGAGAAAGCAAAACCAUUUUAUGCUUCUUUAGUCGAGAAGUUCCAGAAAGCAUAUAAUCCUGAUGCUGUAAAAGAUGGUGUGUUUGGAGCUAUGAUGCAGGUCAAUCUUGUAAACGACGGUCCAGUCACGAUGCAGCUUGAGUCACCUCAAUCCUCCAAGAAUGAGACAAAGGCAUCAACAUAAUCAUAAAAUCACUCAUCUUGCAUCAGUGAAACUAUGGAAUCUACCAUUCAGGGAGACUCAGAAUUAUAUAUAUUUAUGUGAAACAAUCAUAAUUCAUUGAACUGUAACUGUUAAUUCCUACAUUACAUGUAAUUUCGUUGCUUUUAAUCUAAUGCAAAGCCUCUAGAUUUGCUAAAA